UCCGCAGAUGGCCAACAUUGUGACGUCCUUCUGCUGUGUGGUAUUUGCAGCCGUGGUGGUGGUUUAUGCCCAAAGGCGCAGCCAGCAAGGUGCCAGGAUUCAGUAUGAAAGGAUUGGAAAUGAUGUCACUAUGCAGUGCGGCUCGCUGGACAACGACGCCUCGGUAACAUGGAAGGUGAAUGGUACAGACGUGAAGGCCCGUCGGCGGGAAGAAGGACCACGGCUCAUCCUGAUGGAAGUGAACAUGAGUAGCAAUGGCCUGUACAGCUGCUUCCAGAACCCCGACGGCCAGCGCCGUGACCAGAUCAAUCUCCGGGUUGGACUUCCUCCGAAGGAACCGCAGGUGACGUGUCGAUCAAACACCUAUCCCAAAGGCUUCUACUGCAGUUGGCACCUUCAGCAUCCGACGUAUAUCCCAACGGACUUCGAAGUCUAUGUCCAACACAACCAGAGGCCCCUGGAGGUGACGAGGGAUGAAGUUCAUAAGAACAGAUGUCAUGUGAAGUUUCCAGAACUUUUCUCCAGCUUUCCUUACUGGGUCAACGUCACUGCAGUGAACUCCCUGGGUCGAGCUUCCAUCGCCAUCAGCUUCGAGGAGUCCUCAAUAGUGAAACCUGACCCCCCUGAGAAGGUGGUGGCCAAACCCGUAGCCAACAAUGCACGGAGACUAGAGGUGACCUGGAACAGUCCCAGUACGUGGCCCGAUGUGGAGACCUUCCCGCUGAAGUACUUCCUGCGCUACCGGCCACUCAUCCGAGACCAGUGGCAGCACCUCUACGGAAUGAGACCAGACAUGUUCUCUGGACACUGA